CACGCCGAUCGCACCCCAUCCCCACGAUGCGAGGAUCGACGCGAGCAACGGCACACGCGCAAACAGGACGAUGACCGGCGACGCGAGGGUUUCGAACACGAGGAGGAGUUCGAUCAGCGGUCGCAGGCGUCCACCUACCGUGAAUGGCCAAAGCCCGACAAGCCGAGGUUCGUAAUGUCCAUCUUCACCGGUAGUGAUCCAGAGGCGUGGCUCAACCGAAUUGCGCAAUAUUUCGAACUGAAUGAAACCGAAGGCCACGAUCGAGUAAGGUACGCAGCAUUCUAUCUGGACGGAGAGGCCAACGUAUGGUGGCAGUGGCUCUCAAGGAUCUACCGUAGGUGGCAACAGGUCAUUACAUGGGCUGACUUUGAGAGAGAAUUGCUCACACUAUUUGGCACGUCCGAUUACCAUAAUUAUAAUGAGGCCCUCGCACGAAUCCGACAGACAGGCAGUUUGCGUGAAUACAUCAAGGAGUUUGAACGACUAGCCUAUCGCGUGCGAGAUUGGUCUGAGGAUGCGCUAGUAGGAGCCUUCGUAGGUAGGCUGAGAUUCGAUCUAGCCGCAGAAGUCCGGCUCGAGCGACCAGGAACGAUGCAUAACGCCAUGGAGGUGGCCCGUCGACGAGAAGACCAUCUGGUCGCUACGCGAAGGGGACGGGCGGAUGUGCGAUUCGCGGAAUCGCGACGCAUGGGAACGAACCAAGCCACGGUCAGCACACAGCCGAACGUCAGCAAUCGGCCAGCAUGGUCGAUAGUGAGACGGCUGUCUCCCGAGGAAGUUAAACGUCGACGUGAGAAAGGCUUAUGCUUCAAGUGUGAGGAGAAAUUUACACCAGGUCAUCAGUGUAAGCAAGCUUUUGUGAUCGAAGUUGCUAAUCCUGAUGAGGAAGGAUCUGAGGACGAGGAGGAACCACAUCGGGAUAUUGAAGUUGAGGGGCCCGACGAAGAAGCAGAAAUCUCAAUGCACGCUAUGGCCGGGAUUAGAGGGCCUCGAACGAUGCGGUUGCCGGCCUGGGUCAAGGAUCGGAAGGUGGUGGUGCUAGUGGACAACGGGUGGUCGCACAACUUCAUCAAUGCCGACUUGUCCCAGAAGCUGAACUUACCAACCACGAAGAUUGAGCCUUUUGAGUUACGAGUAGCCAAUGGUGAGAGGCUACAAUGCACCAAAUCCUUCCGGAAGGUGCCAAUCAGGUUCAGCGGAGUUACAUUGAAGGCUGAUCUCUAUGCCUUACCGCUGGUUGGGCCGGAUGUCGUCCUAGGUGUACAAUGGCUUGAAGGGUUAGGCAAGGUGACCACCGACUAUCAGACAAGAAUUAUGGAGUUCAACUCCGGAGGUCAGCAAGUCACUCUGAGUACUGGCAAUGAAAAAGGUACCAAGGAGGUAGGGCUUAAGAGCAUUGAGAAA